GAAGUACAUACUAUUUUGAAAGGCACAACCGGAAGAAGUAAUCUCGCUCCUUCUACGUUACUGGAAACGGCAGCGGUAGAUUUCAGCUCUAGUUUAUAAGGAUGCCUUUCAUCGACCUUCAGACUAAUCUACCGGCCACUUUGUUCACCGAUGACUUCUUAACGAGGUUUUGCUCCGCCGCCGCGGCGGCGCUGGGGAAACCGGAGGACAGGAUGAAUCUGGUGGUGAGUCCCGGCCUGCGGAUGCUGAUAGCUGGUUCUUGCUCUCCGUGUGUGAUGGUUGCAGUUUCGGCGAUCUCAGUUACCGACACCGCAGAAAAGAACAAGGAGCACAGUGCCAAGAUCUUUGAGUUUCUGACUAAAGAACUCAAUCUGAGUGACGACAGGAUUGUAAUUCAGUUCCAUGAGCUGCAGCCUCACCAAGUGGGGAAGAAAGGAACCGUCGUGAGCUUCCUGUGAAGAACUUAUCUUUUGGAACAUUUAUUGCCAAAUCGAGGCUAAGCUAAAACCUCAUGUGAGAGGCGUUUAUGUCUGUGAAACAACUUACAUGUAAUCUGUUGAUGAAGACCAAAACGAUUUCUUUCUGCUUUUAUUUUUAGCAUCUCAGCUGUCAGGUCACUUUAAGGGGAGAUAUCCAGAGUUCAUGUUCUUUAGCUGUAAAAUUAUCAAUAAAAUUAAAACAAAACA